UUUAACAUGACCACAGAACCUGUUAGUUUACUCUUGCUUCCUCUAAGACAGCUUGAGCAGUUCCUCCACAAUAGUAGUAAUAGAGAAGUGCUCUGUACAGCAGCAACAGGCGUGUCACAACCCAGAACCCAAGCCUUGUCGACCUCACUCCACGGCUUGUGGACGAGGACCUUUGUGACCUGACAUGAAUGGUGCCAUAACCCAGGCAGUGUACAGCCAGCCAUGGAGCAGCAGGCCUGGAUACUGAGGAGCUUCCUGGUCCAGCUGGAGAGACAGGAAGCUGUGGAUGAAGAGGAGCCGAAUGGCUUUGCUGAGGAGUUUGCUAGACUGAAAAGCCAGUCGUUCAAGUACCGUACUGACAGGACCUUCCCCACCAACACUGGAGAAAAACAAGAAAACACCAAGAAGAACCGAUACAAGGACAUUGUUCCCUUUGACCACAGCAGAGUAAAGCUCACUUUCAACACAGCUAAACAUGACACAGACUACAUCAACGCUAAUUUCAUCAAGGGAGUGUCAGAUUCAAGGGCAUACGUUGCUACUCAGGGUCCUCUGCCUCACACAUUGGUGGACUUCUUCAGGAUGAUUUGGGAGUACAACAUACAGGUUGUCGUGAUGGUCUGUCGAGAGUUUGAGAUGGGAAAGAAAAAGAGUGAGCGCUACUGGCCACAGAAACAAGAGCAGCCGUUUGUUUGUGACUCCUUCACAGUUCACUGUGACUCUGAGGAAAACAAAGGAGAUUACUUGGUCAGGAUGUUAAGGGUGACCUACUGUAAUUGUAGCCGAACUUUAAAACAGUUGCACUAUGUCAACUGGCCAGAUCAUGGAGUGCCGGACACCAUUCAUCCCAUUCUGGAAAUGUUGCAUGAGAUGCGGUCCUAUCAGGCCCACGAUGACAUCCCAAUCUGCAUCCACUGCAGUGCUGGCUGUGGUAGAACUGGAGCUCUGUGUGCCAUUGAUUACACUUGGAACCUGCUGAGGAAACAGAUGAUCACUCCAGAUUUCAAUAUAUACAACUUGGUGCAAAAUAUGAGAACCCAGAGGCCGUCAGUGGUUCAAACCAAGGAACAGUACAAGCUGGUGUGCAGAACCAUCAAGUUACUGUUUCAGAGAUAUCUGGAGUCCCUGGAAGCCCCGCCAUGCAAAAAUGAGGUAACUAUGACCUCAUGUACUGACACUGACUGGGAGAACUCGGACCUGUGUCAGGAGCUGGUUUCGCUGCCACAGUCGGCGAGUGACGCUCUCCCACAGCACCACGCACCCUCGCUGUCCAUUUCAGAAAAUCUGAGAGGCAAAGACAAGCAGACAGACCGGCAACAAAGACCUCCACUCCAGGUCUUACCUGAUUCACUCGUCAACAGCCGGAACCUGCAGGAGGGACCCAGCCAGAGAGCCUCCGCCGCAGAGAGGAGUACACCUGCAAGUGCACCUUUAUCAACAGCACCAGAAGCCGUUUGUCACAUGGUGGAGGACCCUUACUUCAAGGAGGUACCCGUGCACUCUACUGGAGACACCAAACAAUGGACAGUCAGGCCCGUCCUCGUCACUCCCGUCCCAGUCCCAGAGCUCAUCACACCUGUCUCAGAUGAAGACACACCUCCUCCUCUACCCGAACGCACCCCUGAGUCCUACAUACUGGCUGUGGACACAGAGCAAUCAGAUUGCUGUGACCGCCUCUCGGUCGUCAUUCCGUCAAAUGCCGCUGCCGAAGCCGUCAGGGAGCUGAGAGGCAGCCCUCCCUCACCUGUCCCCCCACUUCCAGAGAGAACCCCAGAAUCAUACGAGCUGGCUAUAGCUCAAGCUCGUGUGGGGCAGCACUUAGAGGUCAUGUCGGCCGUGAACCCGGACAGAACAGGAACGUCUUCUGAAUGGUCGGGUAACUCCAAACCAACUGCCAGCGCAUCGCACAAUGAGGCGGAAUCUUGGGCGAGGAGUAAGAGUCUGAAAGCAAACAUGACGGUCUCAGUUCCAGUUAUACGCCUUGAUCUUGCAUCAAAUUCAACCGCAGACCUCCAUCCUGUGUGUCUACCUGUGGAUCCACCGGCUCUUCUGCUGCUUUCUCACACUGAAGACAGCCCAACUCCAUCCCUACCUGCCGGAAACCCAGAGGCCUUCAUCCUGAAAACAGUUGAGAUUCAAGAGAAAACGCCCCCCUGCCUGCAGCCUGUACAAACAACACCGAGGGUUGGCAUGUCGUCUGAGUGGAACGGAAACUCUCAGUCUAAGAAAUUCCCUGAUGUUGUCAUGAGCAGAAGUAAGAGUGUUCGAGCUAGAAGUUCAAGACAAGAGCCCCUCACUGCAGUUCAUCAGCUUGUUCCACCCCCUGUGGUCGUGGCUGGAGCAGGAAGCGCACAAGUGGCGCGGCAAGAUUUGAACCGUAGGCCCUCCCUGACUUUCGAGUCACCAGGAAGCAAAUCAGACAGAAGCAACGACAAGGGGAUUACGAGAACAAAGAGUCUGAAGUUCUUUAGACACAAACAAAAACCUAAACUUGACCCUCCACCACCCCCUGAUCAACCUGCUGCUUCAACUCCAGCCUUUUUUUCAGUGUUCAAUUUAGGAUUUGGAAACCGCUUUGGGAAGCCAAAGGGCCCCAGGGGUUACCCUGAGUCGUGGACCGCGUGAGGCAGCGUCACCUCUUCAACUAUCAAAGGUGCAGCACAGACACUUCAGGACUUUGAACAUUUACAAUAAAUAUCCCCUAAUGAUCCACAGACAUGAAAAGCACCAGUGGUGGCUUCUCUUUGUCUUGCACAACAGCUCCCUCAGCAGAAAGCAAACUGGAAGUGCCUUGUUGUCAUUUUGUUGCCUCAUGUCUUUCAUACUGUUCACAAACUAAACGUUCACAAUCGAUGCCUCGCCGAACAACGAAAAGAAGAAAUAAUUGAAUUCAAACUUGAAGAUUUUCUAUGUUGAAUAAACUAGUAUAUACAGUA